AUGGCGGGUGUACGAGGUCUCUCAUGGAGAAGGAAGGAGACGCUGGAUCUGCUUGCCCUCUGGGGUGAGCAAAGGAUACAGAAGGCAUUAAGGCAGUCGCACAGGAACAUAGACAUCUACGAGGAAGAUGCUGCCGGGAUGCGUUCCCACGGUCACAAUAGGACUGCGCAGGAGUGCCGUAACAAAACGAAAUCCCUGCAAUUAGAGUACAAGAAGGUGGUGGCACUUAAUUCAAAAACCGGGCAAGACACAAAGACUUGCCCAUUUCAUGAGGAAAUAGAUAAUAUACUGCACGGAGACGCAGAUGUCUGGCCGAAAAGAGUGACGCAAAGCUCGGAGAGAAAUCAUCCAAGCAACCGCUGCCCCAAGGAACUGAGACCACUGGAGGAAACUCUACUACUUUUUGAAACAGAACUGCGUGGAGAGGAGAUGGUGCAAUCCGUAAUCACGGAGGCUAACGAUGGCGCAGAUGUUGUGUACUUGAUGUCAGACAUUACAGAGGGAACGUUGGAAGAUAGCGACCAAACACAACUAGAGGUUCUGCUGCAGGAAGACAUGGACGAUUGUUUCCAGUGUCCAGAAGAUCAGUAUCCAAGCAAGGACCAGAAUGAAUGUCUUCUUGACACACAUUCUCUGGAUAAAGAAAUCAUAGUGGAAUGCAAUGAAGGGUCAGCCAUGAUCUUUUAUGGUGUUCUGGACUACCUGGGGUUUCUGGCCAGUGUCAGCUUCAUGGUGGCUUUCCUAGCCAGGAAAAUGCCAGAUUCUUUCAAUGAAGCUAAGUUUAUCACUUUCAGCAUUACUUUCCCAAAGGCCUACCAACAUGUGCUUUCCUUGAUAUUUGCUGUGAAAGAGAUUAAUGAGAACCCAAAGAUCCUCCCAAAUGAUAGUCUUGGGUUCUAUAUAUACGACAGUUAUAUCAAUGCAAGGAUGACUCUUCGGAAUACUCUGAAACUUCUAACUUGCUGGAGUACGAUUGUCCCCAACUUCAACUGUGACAAGUCAAAGAAUCUUAUAGCUGUCAUUGGUGGUGUCACUUCUGAAGUAUCCCUUCAAAUGGCAAAUAUCUUAGACAUCUACAAGAUAACUCAGGUGAUGCCCCUUGCUGUGUGUAAUGACAACUGCCACCCGGGCUACUACAAACAGAAGAAGGAGGGGGAGCAAUUUUGUUGCUACAAUUGUGUUCCAUGUUCAGAUGGAAAGUUUUCUGACCAGAAGGACAUGGAUGACUGUUUCAAAUGCCCAGAAGAUCAGUAUCCCAAUACACAUCGAGAUCUUUGCCUUCCCAAAGCUCUAAACUACCUCUCUUUCUCAGAACCUUUGGGGAUUGCUUUGGUAUUCUUGGCACUUUCUUUUUCUCUGGUGACAUCUUUGGUGCUGGGAAUUUUCAUUAGGCAUCGGAACACUCCCAUCGUCAAAGCCAACAAUCAGAACCUUAGUUAUUUUCUACUCAGUACCCUUCUACUCUGCUUCCUUUGCUCCCUGCUAUUCAUAGGCAGGUCUCAGCCAGUGACCUGCUACCUACGACAAACUGCCUUUGGAGUCAUCUUCUCAGUGGCUAUUUCUUGUGUGUUGGCAAAAACCAUCACUGUGGUUCUGGCUUUCAUGGCCAAAAGGCCAGGGAGCAGGCUGAGGAAAUGGAUGGGGAAAAGACUCACCAGCUCUGUUCUUUGUUGCUCCCUUAUUCAGGCCCUCAUUUGUGUUGCAUGGUUGUGUACUACUCCUCCAUUCCCAGAUCUUGACAUGCAUUCUCUUACUGAAGAAAUCAUAAUAGAAUGCAACGAAGGGUCGGUAGUCCUGUUCUACUGUGUUCUGGGAUACCUGGGAUUUCUGGCUAUGAUCAGUUUCACCGUGUCUUUCCUAGCCAGGAAGUUGCCAGAUUCUUUCAAUGAAGCCAAGUUUAUCACUUUCAGCAUGAUGGUCUUUUGCAGUGUUUGGUUGUCUUUUGUUCCAUCUUAUCUGAGUACCAAGGGAAAAUAUAUGGUGGCCGUGGAAAUCUUCUCUAUCUUGGCCUCUGGUGCUGGUUUAACAGCAUUUAUUUUUUUCCCCAAAUGCUAUAUAAUUGUCUUGAAGCCUGAACUGAACAACAAGGACCAAGUUAUGAUGAGAAAUAAGUAG